AACAGCAAGGAACCACGCGUUCUGUCAAAAAUAUUACAAAACAAAAUCCUGGAUCUCGAAGCCGAUACCGAAAGUGAAAUAAAAGUUGUAAAUCUUUACCCGAGAAUAUCCCGGUACGCUCCGUUAAAAUGGCGACGCAAAUCUCCAUCGACCAGCUGGACAAAGAUCAGAUCAAAUCGUUUUCAGACUUCCUGCUUUCCUACAACAAACUCUCCGAACUUUGUUUUAUUGAUUGCGUGAGCGAGUUCACGGGACGGACAGUGAGCGAUAAAGAGGACAAGUGCGCUCUGAAUUGCAUGGAGAAGUUCCUCAAGAUGAACCAGCGCAUUUCACAGCGGUUUCAGGAGUUCCAGAUGCUGGCCAACGAGAAUGCUAUCGCUGCUGCGCAAAAGUUGGGUGUCAAGUGAGCUCGCCGAACCGCUUUAUUGGCCAGUGUAGUGAAUAUGCGUAUGUAGGGAAUAAUAAAAGGUUGAUUUGAAAAAAGGGA